AUGAAGGGACGCCCCAUCGACGAGCUCGUCUACGAGUGCAUGUUCCCCAGGCCCAAAUCGACUGAUCCGGUCAACUUUCAGGGGCUCCUCCAGCGUCAACUCGUGCCAGAGGUCCGUCUUGAAACGCAGGCAUUCUACGGACAUCUCUCUUCUCAAGAAGCCAAAUACCCGGGCCUGGAUUACUCCUACCAACCGCAUCGCAACCGACUGUCUCGGUACCCCUGGCACAGACGCCUGUUCCGCGCCUUCGAUAACCUGCGCCUGACGGAGAGCGAAAUUGCGAGCCUGACGAAAUGGGAGGGCACGCGGUGGGCGAAGGAGCGGUUCGAGAGGGAGCAAGGCAUCAUAAUCAGGGACACAACGGCGGAUGAGAUUGAAGAUUGGGUCGAGCCCGAGUUACGCACUCCGAGCGCACCUCAAGCACAGAGGGCAGGCGUGGACGAUAUGGAGGAUAUACAACAAGAGGACGGGCGAGAGAUGGAAGAGAACGAGAUUGAUGAGGAUAUGGACGAGGAUAGCGAUAUGGAGCUCCAAAGUGUGGGGAUUGAGCUGAACGAGCGGUUACGAGCAGCGGUUGCGCAGAGAGAGGCAGGCAAUACAGCUACGGUCAUGGAUGAGGAGUGGGAGCAGUGGCUCAAAGACGCUGUGGAAGCAGGCGGCAUCCCGUUCCUCUCUUCCGAUUUAUCGCCCAAUGCAAAUAUCCCCGGGACCAGACCCGAGAGCGAAAGUGCAGCAUCGAAUACCAGACUCAUGAACGCCGCAAGAAUAGGACAGUGGAACCGGAUCCCAGAUUUCCUCCAGAGCAUGGUGAGGCAAAAUCUGGAAGCCAGCAGUAACGGCUCAUCCUCGAAUGCGGCUCCCACGUCCCUAUCCGCCAACAACACAUCUUCACCCUCCCUGUCAAGACCAAGGGGAAAAAGAAAAGCCGCCAUAUGA